UUCCGUUAGUUGCCCGUGAGUUCUGAUUUCCCCCGUCCUGUGAUGUGAGCGGCCCCCGGGAUUUUUAUGUGUUGGGCGGGGAGGCAGAGAGUCCAAGAGACCCUUUAUUGGAAAGGAUGGAGUUGGGGAACGGAAAACUGCUAAGGACCGGACUGAACUCACUGAAUCAGGCGGUGCAUCCAACUCAUGGCCUUGCCUGGACUGACGGGAACCGAGUAAUCCUGACUGAUUUGCGGCUUCAGAGGGGAGAGGCCAAGUUUGGGGACUCCCAGGUCAUUGGAAAAUUCGAAUAUGUGUGUGGGGUUUCCUGGGCCCCCGUCAGCGUAGCUCACAUACCCACUCUGCUCGCCAUCCAGCACAAGAAGCAUGUCGCCGUGUGGCAGCUGUGUCCCAGCACUUCGGGUUCCAGCAAAUGGCAGAUGUCUCAGACCUCUGAAAUCCGAGAAUCCCUCCCAAUCCUUCCUCAGGGCUGCCUGUGGCACCCGAGAGAUGCUGUCCUGACUGUGUUGACGGCGCAGGAUGUUUCCGUUUUCCCUAACAUUCACCGUGACGGUUGCAGAGUGAAAGUGGACAUCAACACCAAGGGCCGAAUUUACUGUGCCUGUUGGACCCUGGAUGGGCAGCGGCUGGUGGUGGCAGUAGACAGCAGCCUUCAUUCUUAUAUGUGGGACAGCUCUCAGAGGUCUCUCCAGAGCUGCUCCUUCUGCCCAGUGCUCCAAGUGGGCCGCUCCAUCCGCUCCAUUGCAGCCACCGAGGACUCACAGGUUGCUAUAGCCACUGAGCUUCCACUCCAUAAGCUUUGUAGCUUAAAUGCGGCUGAAGCCUUUGCUGUCCCACCCAACGGUGAAGAUGCUGGCGUGCACUCUCUUCCUGUGGGGGAAAUGCCCCCUGGGGAAAUGAAUUCUGGAGUGACGGUCUCUCCCUUUUCAGAUCCUCUGGAUCUGACUCACAUCCACUUCAACCCAUCUCCAGUUGAGGAGAGUUCUCUUGUUUGUGUCAGAAAAACGGACUACUUGACAGGUACAGGCCAGGACUCUUCACACCUGAUCUUGGUAACCUUUAAGAAAGCAAUUACCAUGACAAAAAAGGUUGCCAUUCCAGGCAUUCUGGCUCCAGAUUUAAUAGCAUUUAACCUGCAAGCACAGCUAGUGGCUGUGGCUUCCAAUACCUGUAACAUCAUUUUGAUCUAUUCCACCAUUCCAUCCUCUAUGCCAAACAUCCAGCAGAUUCAGUUAGAGAGUAACGAAAGACCAAAAGGCGUAUGCUUCUUAACAGACAGAUUUUUAUUAAUUUCUGUAGGGAAACAAAAGCCCACUGAGACUGCAUUUCUUCCUUCCUCAGAAUCUGAUCAGUAUGCUGUUCGCCUGGUAGUUAGAGAGGUAACAUUGGGAAGAGAAUCUUCUGGAAUGCCUGCUGAAAGUCAGGACGCUUAUUCUGCCUUCAACACUCUGUUGAAUAAAGUAGACAGAGAAAAGUUUCUUGAGAGCCUUUCACCGGGCUUGAGUCCCCUGAGCUCAGGACUCUUGCUGACAGCUAACGCCAGUACUCAGGGUGGGAGGUCUGGAAGAGCCCUUAUUCAGGAGAUUACAAGUCCCUUGUCCCCUCUGUCCAGGGAUUCCAUUGUACGAGAAACCCCUCACACAUCCUCCUGGCUUUGGCCCGGAUUGCCUAGACCCAGCAGGACACCAGAUCACACCAGCACCUCAGAGCCAAAUUUACCUCAAACAGAGAACUUAGAAAAAGAAAAGGAAAUUUGCCCGCACUCCAGGGAGCUGGAAGUUCUAUCUAGGCACCUGGCUGGAAUGCAGCAGUGCCUUUUUGAACUCGUGGAUUUUCUACACAAGGAAAAGCGGUUCUCUCCAGUGUAUCCACUCUCUCAGGACCCUCCCUAUGUUCACCUCAUUUACCAGAAACCUUCUGUGGGUCCUGCUGAAGAAAGAGCCGUGCUUCUCUGUGAUGGCAAACUGAGGCUCAGCACCAUCCAGCAGAUGUUUGGCCUCUAUCUCGUUGAAAUGCUGCACAAUUCCCACUGGAUCCUCCUCUCUGCCGACAGCCAAGGUUUCAUCCCAUUGACUUUCGCAGCCUCCCAGACGGUCGUGGUGAGAGAUGGCAGCCUGUCCAAGCCAGAGCUGGCUAGGGGCUCUCCUUCUCACAGUCGGGAUCCCAUUCUGCCACCUGGAGGCUUUGGAGACCUUGCCACACAGAACGCAGAAACUGCUGGCUGUUUCAGCAGUGUGGCCUGAGGGCUGUGUCUGCUCCACCAGCUUCCUUCCCUUGGGCUGCAGGCUGCUGGACAGCAGGGCGAGUGCUUGCUUGUGUGCUCCUGACUGCGCCACCUGGAGGACAGCAUGCCAAGAACAAAACCAUACUGUGUCACCAUGUGGAUCGUAUCCUACAAUAUUUCUCCAAGGCAUUGCUUCCCUGAAGCUGGGUUCAGACUGCCUGGAGCGAGUGCAUCAUGGGAUACUCUGGCACAGUGGUAGGCCUUUGCCUUGCUUUAAAUGUGCAGGUGAGAAGAGCCACUGGGGAGCCUGUGCUUCAGCACUGCCUUUUAACCCAUUCCCCAGGCAGCAGGAAACCAAUGCAGAGGAAGUCAGAGACCUGCUUCACCCUAAGGACUGCCUGGAUCAGGAGGAUCAGUUCAGAGGAAGGCCUCCCUCCCUGGAUUUAAAACCAACUUUUUUGAGUCCGUUGACAGUUCUAGCUAAUGAGGUCCAGAUAUUGCUCAAAAAAAAAAAAAAAAAAAAAAAAAAAAAAAAAAAAAAAAAUGAUGUGGGCAACAAAAUAAGAUAAAAUAAAAUGUUAAGAUUUGACCCCCUCUGGCCUCCACCUGAUUGUGUGCCAUUGCCCACCUGGUGAGACCCAUACCUUGUUUUCUUACCUUUGCCACUCAUGAUUUUCUCCUUGAGAUGUGUUGAUUUAUUUUCCAGUUUGAGGAUCACAAAAAUUUCUCAUUUUCCCUCCCAGCAAUUAGCCUUCUUGGUUAACUUUUCAUUUGUUUGUUGCGGAAGUGAGGUAAGGCUCUCGCUCACACUGAGCUGUGUACCUCUGGCCCAGCUUGCCACUUAACUUUGCUAUUUCUCUUCUAACUCCUUCAGACCCAGAGACCAGCAUAGAAUCACAGAGUAUUUCAUAAUGUUGAACACUUGACAAAAUCCAAACGAGCUCUAAAGCACAUCAGUCUGUGCAUACUCAAUAAGGUGCCCUUAGUACGCGGGGAAGAGCCUGACCCCUGCAGCCGGACCCUCGCAGCGUCAGGUCAGGCCGUGUCCCCCGUGUCAGAUUGAUGAGGGUUGGAAGUGCAGAUACAUUGUUUCAGCCAUCGAGGCUCCAUUAACACAUAUACCCCCCUCCUUUUCCCUUUAAAAUUACCCAGAGAGGAAAUAGCUUGUGCCUUGGGGGACUCCUGUCCGUCUGCUGCAGUUUAUGAAGAUGGAGCUGGGCUAGGAGAGAGGCGAAGGCCUGUUUUGUGGUCCGGAUGCAUUAGAGUACUGCUGGGAUAAUGGACAGGAAGGCCGCGCGUCUGUAAUCAGCGGCCUGGAGGGUGGUGGCUGAGGGACGGCAGGCCUGGCUCCAGCGGCAGAGAAAGUGUCUGGGGUGUCAUGAAAUCACUGCUAUUAUGGAUCCUAAGGAGAGGAACUAGGGGAACCUGAGUAAGGAUCAAUGUGAAGGCCUCGAGAUGUACUUAUAAUCACCAUUUCUUAGGGCAGAGCACUCAGAAUGACUCUCAAGUGGAAUCUCAAAUAUCGGCCGAGGCUGUCAGAAUGUUCUAAUGGUACGGUCUCUGUGAGAAUCGCUGGUGUAGAGAAGUGUUCUGCAUCUGCACGUGCAUAAGUGUCCUCUUGGUUUUUCUUUUCAAGACAGGGUUUCUCUGUAGCUUUGGAUCUCUGAGUUGGAGGUCAGCCUGGUCUACAGAGUGAGUUCCAGGCUGCAGUGAGACCCUGUAUAAUCAUAGUAGUAAUGAUAAGUCAUUCUAAAGAGCAAGAACAUUGUUAGAAACCUUUCAAGCUUUCUAUGUAUCCCUUUCAGUCCUGUCUCAUUAGCUCCAAAGGUGACUGAUAAAUGUCUCGAUUAUUGUGAUUAUUGCUUCUUCAUUCCUCUCCUUCAAAGGAGUUUCACCACCAUGUAUGCGUAGACAUAAUGUUUAUUUCUCUUGUUUUUAAGCUUUAAACAAAUGGUAUAUUAUAUAGUCUUCUGACUCUUGAGAGUGCUUGUGUGUGUGUGAGUGCAUCUGCACACUUGUGAAUGUGUGCUCAUGUUUAUAUAGAGGCCCACGUUUGUUGCUCAUUUCCUAUUUUCCUGUUCACCUUUUUCACUUAGACAAUGUUGUUCUGUGUAGUGGCUGACCUGGAACUCCCUCUUUAAACCAAGAUGACCUUGAACUCACAGAGAUCCACCUGCUUCUGCUACCUGGAAUUAAAGGUGUGCACCACCUCUGCCUAGCAUCCAUCCACCCUUUUUUGAAAUAGUGUUUCCCAUUAGUCUGGGACUCACCCAGUAGGCUUGACUAGCUGGCCAGC